AAAUUAUUCUUUUUUACAGUAUAUUAAAACAAAUUUUUUUAGAAAAAUUAAAAUAAAAAAAUACGGGAACAAAAUGGCUUCGCCCAGGUUCGAACUGGGGACCUUCAGUGUGUUAGACUGACGUGAUAACCAACUACACCACGAAACCUCUUCUGAACAAACUUCUCAAAAUAUUUUACUUAACCUAAAAUCUACAAUAACACCUAAAAAAGAAAAUAAAAUAAAAUACAAGUACUAAGUAAUAAAAAUUAAAAACCCUCCAAAAUCAGAAAUCCCUUCACAAAAUCCUUCUCUCACUCUUUCUUUCUCUCUCCUGAAAGUUACAGUAAGAAAGGAGCUUGAAAGAGGUGCAACAAUGGCGAAACAAGAGGAGAGAGAAGAAAACCAGCAAAGUUGGAGGAAAGAAGUCGAUAACAACAUCAACCGUCUUCAAUCUCUACUCUUCGGCGCCGAUUUCGCUUUAGAGAAUCGCGAUUAUUCUUCCGCACAACUUCUCAGUCUUCGUCUCCUCGGUUUUCUCGAUUCUCGCUCUCAAAACGACGUCGAUUCCUCGUUUAUUCAUCCUAUUCGUCGUGAUGCUUUGUCUAAGCUCGACGCUUCUCGCCGUGAACUUACUCCCGUUUACGACCGCCAAGCAUUUGAAGCAGCAGGCAUACCUCCUGGAAAAAUUUUCUCCAUAAAUGCAGACGUUGAUGUCAAGAUCAAGCAGUCAAAAUGUUUUCGUGCCCUUAUUCAGCAGUCUUCCAAAGUAAAUACGAGUGGAUUGGGAGGCCAAAGAGACCAAUUUGAGAGAAUGACUAGGAAGACCUCCAAAACCACUCUUGAGGCAGACUUGUCAUCUUGGCAUGGGAACAACAUGACGGGUAGAAGUAAUGUUGGUGUAAAAGGUCCUGUUACAUCCAAAAAUAAUGGUACUGACGACUGCAUUAUUUUGGACAAGGCAUGUGCAUCAAAUAAUCACGUCAGAGGGCAUUCUUCAUUUGCACGCGCUGAAGAAGAAGAAAGAACGCUUGGAAACAAUUUGGGAGUAAAGCGUCCUCACAUGGAAACAAGGUAUCCUAGAAAUGACAUCGGAUCACCUUUGAGCAACAAGGAAACUAACAGAGAAGUCUCUGGAAAUGUGUUUGUGACUGCUAGAACCAAAUUGGAAAUGGAAGUAAAGCAAAAGAAAGGAUUGGGUGGUUCACCAAGCUGUUCUGUCUCUCCCAUUAGCGAUUACAAUUCCAACAGCCGGGGUUAUAGUGGAAAAUCAUAUGGUGUAUCACGCCGUGGGGUCCGUGGUAAUUUUAUUCCCCCAAUCAGAUCCAAUGGCAACAAUGCUGGGAAUAUGACUGCACGAAUUGGUGGCAAAUGUGAUGAUGCUGCGGAGGAUUCAACCAGAAAAUGUUUGGAAAUGUUAUGUGGUCCUGAUGGGGAGCUGCCAGAGAAGCUGAGAAAUUUGGAGCCUCGUCUAAUUGAACAUGUUAGCAAUGAGAUCAUGGACCGAGAUCCCAAUGUGCGCUGGGAUGACAUUGCUGGUUUAGAGCAUGCCAAGAAAUGUGUGACAGAGAUGGUGGUUUGGCCUCUAUUGCGCCCAGACAUUUUCAAAGGAUGCCGUGCUCCAGGAAGAGGUCUUCUGCUCUUUGGUCCACCUGGAACUGGUAAAACAAUGAUUGGGAAGGCUAUAGCUGGAGAGGCUAAAGCAACAUUUUUUUACAUAUCUGCCAGUUCACUGACUAGUAAGUGGAUCGGGGAGGGUGAAAAGCUAGUGAGGGCUCUAUUUGGAGUUGCCAGUUGCCGUCAACCAGCAGUUAUAUUUGUUGAUGAAAUUGAUUCCCUUCUGUCGCAGCGCAAAUCAGAAGGUGAGCAUGAAGCAAGUAGGAGACUCAAGACUCAGUUUCUCAUUGAGAUGGAAGGCUUUGACAGUAUAAGUGAACAGAUUCUGCUUAUAGGAGCUACAAAUAGGCCCCAAGAGCUUGAUGAAGCAGCAAGGAGGCGGCUUACGAAACGACUGUACAUACCACUCCCUUCUGCAGAAGCAAGAGCCUGGAUAGUACGCAAUCUCCUGGAAAAAGAUGGGCUGUUUAGACUCUCAAAAGAGGAUAUGGACAUAAUCUGCAAAUUGACUGAAGGUUACUCUGGAUCGGAUAUGAAAAAUCUUGUGAAGGAUGCUUCCAUGGGUCCACUAAGAGAUGCUUUGAGGCAGGGCAUAGAAAUUACAAAGCUGGACAAAGAGGAUAUGAGGCCAGUAACUCUACAGGAUUUUAAAGAUGCUUUGCAGGAGGUGAGGCCGUCAGUUUCACCUAAUGAACUUGGUAUAUAUGAAAACUGGAACAAACAGUUCGGAAGCUUGGCAGUCUAGCACUAAGGUAAAAUGACUAGAUUAAUGAGCGUCGCUACAACAUCUGACAUUUGGUGGACUUGGAGCUUCAGAUUUUCAGUUUGAUUCUGAGCAUUUUCCCUCUUUCCUUCAAAAAUUAUAUGAAGAGAAGAGUAUAGGUUCAAAAGACAGUGCUAGACUGCUAGAGGUUUGUCAGAGUUGGCAUAAUAGUACACAUGGUUGUCUUGCAGUGCAAAUUAAAGAAUGAAUGUAACACUUUUUCUCACAUGGCUUGUAUAAUGAAACAUGUUCAAUUUAUCUUUUCUACGUAUUUCAUAAGGAAGAGCUCGGAGUUUAGCUAAGGGAUUAAAGUUGCAGAUAUAAUUGAAGUUAGUGAUUUGGUAGAGUGUAACGUACAAAACGAUAAAGCUGUAAAGACUGCAAGCUAUUGUAGAUGUAGUGUCAAUUGUAAUGGAGCAAAUAUUUAAAAACGGAGGGAGUAAUGUAUAGCCAACAAAGUGAAUAAGUAAUUCAGCUUGACUUUAUUAUAUACUUUAGCAUUCAAUUUUUGUA